CCCCCGCCUUCCUCCCCUGGGAAAAAGAGGCCACCGCAAUUGGGAACGUGGAAGUGCACCCAAUCAAGUCAAAGCGAGAGAGAAAGAGAACGAACCACGCUGUAGCUUCAGAAACCCCUCUCGGCACAGCUCCUCCCUCGUAGACCACUUGUACUCACCGUCGCCAUCCACAUUUUCGAUCGCUCUAAAUGGGGAGUUCAGCACGAGAUCCAGCUAGAUCAGGCACCCACCGAAGCCAUCGGCAGCGCGAUCAAGACCCGCCGCCAGCCGCCGCCGACAGGUUCAGAGACGUCUCCAGCGAGUCGCCCCGCGAGUCUCACCGCCACUACCAGAAGGAUCAGCAUGACCGAGAACAGCCUGCGCGUUCGCGAUCCCGUGGGAGUAUUUGGGACCGCCUCGGUGAGAAAUUGGGCCGUGAAAGCUACGACGACGACAAUAGCAGAGGAAGAACGGCACAAUACUAUCGACCACCAAGGGAUGCUGACAGAGAUCCACACGAAAGUGGCCAUUCUAACAGAAGUGGGGGCAGGGGAAUGCGAGAGGCAACUUCUCAACGAAAUGGCGGCUUCAAGACUGCGGGCCGUUUUCGUAUCGACGAUGAUGACCUUCAAUCUCGUGAUGACGAUCUGCGUUUGAAGGGACGCAACACCAGAGGAUCACGGACCGAACGAGGUGGGGACCGCCGUAGCCUUGAGGAAGGCGAGACUGAAGAAAACCUUCCUCCGCCCUGGGAACUUUACACGUCGCAAACAUCUGGCGAAGAAUACUAUUACAACACUGAAACUCGUGAAACCAGCUGGGAGAAGCCGGUCCGAAGAACCCUAUCAAGGACCCCAGAGAGAUCUACGGGCUGCGCUGACUCCAUGAGUAUCAGAAGGCGAAUGAGUCCACAAGAAGACAGACGGGACCACGACAGAUCACAUGGCCGCGACAGGAAGGGGCAUAGGGAGCCGGAAGAACCGUCUUUUGAGCGACGGAGCAGCGCAUGUGAGAAGCGCUAUGAUGAGCCGGCAGAUGACUUGCCGGUAGUCCGGCUUGACCCUCGGGGGAGAGGGGACGCCGACUUGGAUCGUGAUGUCGUUACAUCAAUGCAGGUUGAUAUGCACCCUUCCCGACGAAACAGAGACCAUUACGCCCCGAGCGUUGAACAGGACUUGGAUCCUCGCAACAGACGUGGAGAUUUCGACCAUGGGCGUAGCCAAGACAGACCUAGGGAUCGAGACCACAACCACGACCGUGAAAGAGACCGUGGUCGGGACCGAGAUCGUAACCCUGAGGGUGAUAGGGGCAACCCCAACAUUCAACAAUUCCGCCCCCCGCUCCCACCGCCCCCCGAGCGCUGCCGCCGGUCUUGCAGUCGGGAUGGCGGGGGCAACAAACGGCGCAAAGUAGACCGGGAUGGCGAGUAUGAAGCUGAGCGGGGCGGUACAGCUACCAUGAUUACGCUGGGUGUGAAGAAUAGCCAGCACGACAUCGAGGCAGCCAAGAUCGAGGGAACUCUCAAGGCUGGAGGUUGGGAUCAAGUGCCCGAGACAAACGUGGAUCACUGGAUGGAUAUCGAUAUGGUGAAAGAGGCGCCUCCGGCUCCUGUUGAGGUCAAGGUCGCGGAGGAACAGCAAGUUCCGGCGUCCAUUGCUACACCUCUGGACAAACAGGAACCGGAAAAGCAAGACGCUCAGUCUAUCGUUGAGCAGCGCCAGCCCGUAGAUGCGCCGCCCCAGGCCCCUGAACUGGCGAAACAGCAACAGGAAGCUGUUCCCGCUCCACCGGACCAGCAAGCUCAACCCGAACGCAAGUCCGAAGUCGCGACGGUCAAACCCGCCGCUGACGUGACCACACCCGCCGCCCAAACCCAACCACCCCCCAGCCCACCCCAACCAGACCUCUCAACCCUCCAACGCGCACAAAUGAUCCAACGCAUCCUCGCCAAGCUUCCCGAAAACGUCCUCGACGCCGCCACCCUUAGAGACCUGCUCGCACCCGAGAACGCGGACGCGUGCGCAACGGACAACGUCGACAUGUGGGUCGGCGAAGAUGGAUUCGUACGAGUCGGCAAACGCGUCGGUGGCGCUGCGGAGGCUGCUGCUGCUUCUGAUGAGGGAUCUGCGUGAGAAAAACACCCCAAUGAACAUUUCUUGGAAGAUUUUUGGCACAACCGGUCUUCUAAACACACAUGAAGCGUUGAUGGUCUGAUCAUACGGGGAGAACACUGCGUAUCUUGAACUCUCGCGUUGGUACCCGUACCCGUAAGCACUCCUUCGAACCCUCACCCCUCUCCAUCAUCGAUGCUAUUGCUUUGUUUUCGUUUGUUUGCAAAUGGGUCUAUUCUGUAGCUUAGGUUACCUGUGCUUCCCUUGGAAAGAUGAGCUCUGGAGCGGAUGGGAUGGGAAAUGUGUAUACCGUGAGGCAGGAACAGUAAUUUCUGGUAUCGGGUACCCCCCCUUCUUUGUAGUGUGUUUUUGUUGGCGUAUGUAGCCCCAAUGCCCAUGGCUUUGCUCAAUACACAAGGUAACAUUCCUAUCAAUCCCGC